AUAUUACAUUUUGUACACACCUCCGUCAAUGUGAAAAUACAAGCAAGAAGCACUCCAACAGUAUUGUGAAAGGUAUUUUCCUUCUUGUUAUUGAACUAUGGCACUAAGCACAAGGAUAGAUAUAGAACACCCAAGAUAUGACCAAAACACAUUUAUAGGACGAGCAAAGCAUUUCUUCAUCACUACAAACCCCCUGAAUAUACUGGCAACAGAAGCACAACUUGAUCAUGCCAAAGACAUUGUGGAGAGAUACAGGAAAAAAGAAGAAAUCCCUGGUUUGACUGAAGAUGAAUUAUGGAAGGCCAAACAGCUCUAUGAUUCAGCUUUUCACCCAGAUACUCAUGAGAAAAUGCUGCUGAUUGGUAGAAUGUCUGCUCAAGUACCAAUGAACAUGACUAUUACAGGAUGCAUGAUGACUUUUUACAAGACCACGCCGGCUGUGGUGUUUUGGCAGUGGUUUAACCAGACAUUUAAUGCAGUCGUGAACUACACCAACAGGAGUGGGGACCAUCCAAUACCUCUCAAACAUCUUGGUAUGUCCUAUGUUUUGGCUACCACAGGAGCGGUUGGAACAGCCCUUACCAUUAAUAACAUGGUCAAGAAAUUUCCACCUCUGAUUGGUCGAUUUGUGCCAUUCACAGCUGUGGCCGCAGCCAAUUGUAUCAACAUUCCUUGUAUGAGGAGCAGGGAACUUAUGAAUGGUAUACCAAUUUUUGACCAAAAUGGCAACCGACUAGGAGAAUCAACAAUGGCUGCCAAAAGUGCUAUAUCUCAAGUUGUGGUGUCCAGAAUUUUGAUGGCAACCCCAGGAAUGAUGAUCCCACCCUUCAUAAUGAAUCAUUUGGACAAGAAAAGUUUUAUGAAGAAAAUGCCAUGGCUAAAUGCACCAAUUCAAGUUCUUCUUGUGGGAUUUUUUCUAGUUUUUGCCACACCUCUUUGCUGUGCAUUGUUUCCACAAAAAAGUUCUUUAGCUGUCAGUCAUUUAGAGCCAAACAUCAGAGAGAAAAUACAAGCCAUGCCAAAUCCCCCAGAAAGAGUUUACUUCAACAAGGGUUUAUAAGCAUAAGGACUAUAGUGGGCCAAAUGUUUUAAAUGUUUUAUAAAGUGAUGCAGCCAAAGCUCUGCUGUGUUUGGAAUGUAGUGCUUUUAAAUGAUGUUUAACAGUAUGAUCAAGAAUAUGGUGUCAAUGCUGAUAUAAGCUUCUUGGAUACUUUUUAAAUUUAAAAACCCUCAUAUCAAUAAAUAGUGCAGUACCAUAAAAGAGUUGUAAUGCUCACUGUAUCCAUAUUACCUGUUAAAAGCAAAUAUCUUGAAAUGGCAUGUGCGUGUAGUAAUUGUUUUAUCGUUAUAUUGCACUAUAUAUUCUUACUAGUGGGUCUUUCACAUGUAACUAAUUAAUGAACUAUUAUAUACUGAAUAGGAAUAGAAGUCAUCCUGUCUGUCGGUGCAUGACAUUACAACUUGAAUGACACAAAUUCAUAAUUUAGAAGUAGAUUUUUAUGUUUGAAUUGAUUUACUCAGACAAACGUAGCAGCAUACUCAGUGCAAUUUAGAUACACACAGUACUAGCACUUUUUUUUUCUAUUCAGUAAUUCAGAUAUGGUGCAUUCAGUUUUAAAAUUGGGAAGAAAAAAGAAAUGAUAUCCUCAGGGUGCAGUGGAUUGAGUUAAAUUUUUAUCUUUAGUGUGAUUUAUUUUAAAGACUUGCCAAAAUGUUUAUUGUUGAUUAAUAAAAUAUUCUACAAAUUGCAAAGAGAA